AUGAGUCUAGUGGGCGGCUUCCCCCACCACCCGGUGGUGCACCAUGAGGGCUACCCUUUCGCCGCCGCCGCCGCUGCCGCCGCCGCCGCCGCCACCCGCUGCGGCCACGAGGAGAACCCCUACUUCCACGGCUGGCUCAUCAGCAGCCACCCGGAGAUGUCCCCCCCCGACUACAGCAUGGCUCUGUCCUACAGCCCCGAGUACGCCAACGGGGCGCCGGGCAUGGACCACUCCCAUUACGGGGGGGUGCCUCCCGGGAACGGCCCGCCCGGGCUCGGGGGGCCCCGGCCGGUGAAGCGCAGGGGCACGGCGAACCGCAAGGAGCGGCGCAGGACUCAGAGCAUCAACAGCGCCUUCGCGGAGCUGCGGGAGUGCAUCCCCAACGUGCCCGCCGACACGAAGCUCUCCAAGAUCAAAACCCUCCGCCUGGCCACCAGCUACAUCGCCUACCUCAUGGACCUGCUGGCGAAGGAUGACCAGAACGGGGAGGCGGAGGCCUUCAAGGCAGAGAUCAAGAAGACAGACGUGAAGGAGGAGAAGAGGAAGAAAGAGCUGAACGAAAUCUUGAAAAGCACAGUUAGCAGCAACGAUAAGAAAACCAAAGGGAGGACUGGCUGGCCGCAGCAUGUCUGGGCUUUGGAGCUCAAGCAGUGAGCACGGCAGGACUGGAGGAGCCGUCCUCUUAGUCUCGGUAGUGAGCUCUCCUCUGAGGACUCUUUGUAUUUGGAAUCGUCCAGUUUAUUUAUGUGCAAUUUCUCCCCCAACCCCCCCAAAAUGUGGAUAUUUGAAGGAGAGGGAAAAAGCAUUCCAUAUAUGAAGAGGAAACUCCAGCUUGGUAAGGGGUAAUGUCUCUAAUAGUUUCGUGAAUGUUAUUUGCUCUGUAUAAAACACACGGGGAAAACAGAACCAUAGAAAAGGAAAAAAAGAAAAAAAAAAAUCCCUCCCUGGCAUUAGUGUGUAUGUGAAGUGUAUCUUUAAUACUUGGCCUUUUGGAUAUAAAUAUUCAUGGGAUUAUAAAGUUAUAUUUCAACAGAAGCAGUUGCACCAAUGUUUCGGUUGACUCGGUAUUUAGUGUUGUAAUUUUGUUGUGGUCGUUCAGUAUUUGAAGAUGUUUUCAACAGUUAUUGGUUAUGUGCACUUCCGUCCGUAAGGGAAAAAGUGGAAUCUAAUUAAUAUUGAAGGUGUAAACGUUGUAAGUACUCAAUAAACCACUGUGUGUGUUUUUUACAAAACCAAAAAAAAAAAAAAAGAAAAAGGAAAAAAAGAAAACCCAAAUCUUUUUAUGUUUUAUACCUCAAAAUGUUUUGAAUAACAGCGUUGUUUAUGGCUUUUUUCAUAAUAUUUAAAAUAUUCGGAAGUAAACUAAAUUAUAAAGAUG